AUGAUUCCUCUCCUUAUCUCUAGUUAAUUUGGUGAUUAUUUUGUGAUUGUUUCCUCUUCAUCCCUUCAGGUUUCUCCAACCCAGGAUCCUCUGCUGACAUCUUCUAUAUAAGAGAAGUUUCCUGAUCAACCAUGGAGAGAGACAGGAACAAGAUGGCCGACAGGAUAAUAAACCUCACCCUACAGAUACUCUUCCGACUUACUGGAGAGGAUUACACAGUAGUGAAGAAGUCCUCUAGUGGGCGCUGUCGGGCCCCUGUGUGUGAAGGACUGGGAAGAACCCUGAGCCCAAUCCCGGGGCCCCCACCUCACUCCCUGAUACAUGAGGAAAUGGAUGAACAGAAGAUCCUAGAACUGAUCAACAAGAUGAUGGAGCUGCUGACUGGAGAGGUUCCUAUAAGGUGUCAGGACGUGGCGGUCUAUUUCUCCAUGGAGGAGUGGGAGUAUGUAGAAGGACACAAGGAUCAGUACAAGGAUCAGGUGAUGAUGGAGGAUCAGCAGCCCCUCACAUCAGCAGUCAGAUCCAGUAAGAGAACAGCAGCAGAGAGGUGUCCCCGUCCUCUUCUUCCACAGGAUCAGGAUCAGCUUAUGAAUCAGGGUAAAAAUCUGAACUAUAUCAAUGGUAUAAACGUAAUAGUGAAAGAGGAGUCCUAUUUGUGGGAUGAGGAGCAGUAUAUCGAGGACAUUCCUACAGGUAACCGCCCAGAUGACUGUACCCGGAGAUCAGAGGAGAAUCUUAUAUCUUCAUAUUAUAAAGCAGAUGAUGAUAUCACACAAGAUACAUAUGAAGAACAUUCCAUUAUCCCAGAUACACCCUCAGACCUUCACAGCCAAGAUCUCUCAUCUCAUCCUGUUAUACCCGUCCUCUCUUCUGAUUUAUCACAGAUUAAGCAAAAUAAAGUUUACAGAAGAGACGAUGAACAUCAAGUUGCUCAUACAGAGGAGAAACCACCUCCAUGUUCAGAAUGUGAAAAAUGUUUUUCUAUGAAAUCAUAUCUUGUUAUACAUCAAAGAAGUGACUCAGGAGAGAUGACCUUUUCCUGCCCUGAAUGUGGCAAAUGCUGUACUCAGCCCUCAGAUCUUGUUAAACAUCAGAUAAUUUAUACAGGGAAUCCACUAUCAUGUUUAGAAUGUGGGAAAUGUUUCACUUCGAAACAAAAUCUUAUUAGACAUCAAACAAUACACACAGGGGAGAAACCAUUCGCCUGCCCAGAAUGUGGGAAAUGUUAUUCUCAGAAAUCACAUCUUGUGAAACAUCAGAGAAUUCACACAGGGGAGAAGCCCUAUUCGUGUUCAGAAUGCGGGAAAUAUUGUUAUCAGCAGUCAGAUCUUAUUAAACAUCAGAGAACUCACACAGGGGAGAAGCCAUUUUUAUGCCCAGAUUGCGGGAAAUGUUAUUCUCAGAAAUCGCAUCUCACUAAACAUCAGAGAACUCACACGGGGGAGAAGCCAUUUGAGUGUCCGGAAUGUGGGAAAUGUCUAACUCGUAAAUCGCAACUUGUUGAACAUCAGAGAAUUCACACAGGGGAGAAGCCGUUUUCAUGUCCGGAAUGUGGGAAGCGUUUCUCAAGGAAAGCACGUCUUGUUAAGCAUCAAAGAAUUCACAUAGUAAGGUAGCCCUUUUUUUUUUUUUGAAAGCUAACUUUAUUGACAUUGUACAAGAAUGAAACAUGAUCAUUACAGUCUAGGUCAUGUGUUGUACAAAAGAGAGAGACCAUUUAGAAUAGUAAAUGAUCAUUGCAAAAUGUCUGCAAUAACCAAUUCAUGCGAUAUCCAGAAAAUCAAGUAGAAUCCAGAUGAGGCGCCUUCAUCUAUGUACGACCAAUGCACCUAGAAUAGGUCACCAUCUAUGUACGACCGGUGCACCUAGAAUAUGUCGCCUUCAUCUAUGUACGACCGGUGCACCUAAAAUAUGUCGCCUUCAUCUAUGUACGACCGGUGCACCUAGAAUAUGUCACCUUCAUC